CUGGAGCCACUCAACUAUCCCAGAAGAGAAAAGGCAAAGUUCACCAUAAUGCCCUCAGAAAGAAGAGUUCCUUGACUUACACAGAGAAUUAUAAUUCUCUUGUUUCCUUGGUUCAUGGAGCCUUAUGUGCCUUUCAAGCACUAUCCCCUCCCUCAUCACUUCAAAAUCUAACUUCUCCAACAUGGGGGGACAGGAGGGAUAAGUUAGCUGGUCCAUGUUGCCUCACAACCCACCUUUGAAAAUAACCUGUGUCUACAUGAGAUAGUGGCUGCUUCUCCUAGGGGAAAGAAAAAACCUAAAAUCAAACCACAAAAAAACCUCUCAACAACGACAAAAACCCCAUCCCUUCUUUCUUGCAGGCUAGCAAGGCUUUCAGUAACAUCUGAGGGUGGUCUGUGACCAACAGGCAUGGGAAACAGCUCUUUUUGGGAUGAUCUGAACAGCACCUGCAGCAAGGCAGGCAACAGCUGCUACCUGGACAGCAGCAUGAGGUUCAACUUCUCCUUCCAAGAGCAGGCAGCUGAUUUCUAUGUUGUCCUCCCUGUGAUUUACUCCGUGAUCUGUGCUGUGGGGCUCACAGGCAACACUGCUGUCAUCUAUGUGAUCCUCAAGGCCCCCAAGAUGAAGACUGUGACAAACAUGUUCAUCCUGAACCUUGCUAUAGCCGACGACUUGUUCACACUUGUCUUGCCCAUUAAUAUUGCGGAACACCUGCUCCGCUACUGGCCCUUUGGAGAGGUCCUCUGCAAGAUCAUCUUGUCCAUAGACCACUACAAUAUCUUCUCCAGCAUUUAUUUCCUAACAGUGAUGAGCAUAGACAGGUAUCUAGUGGUACUGGCUACAGUCAGGUCCAAGAGGAUGCCCCAUCGUACGUACCGAGCAGCCAGGAUUGUCAGCCUCUGCAUCUGGAUCCUGGUCACCAUCAUAGUUCUCCCUUUCAUCAUCUUUGCCAACGUCUACACCGAUGACCUGGAGAUAAAGAGUUGUGGUCUCAAUUUCCCCAAGCCUGAAAGGUUUUGGUUCAAAGCCAGCAGGAUCUAUACCCUCAUCCUUGGCUUUGCCAUUCCAGUAUCCACCAUCUGCAUCCUCUACACCAUGAUGCUCUACAAGCUAAGGAACAUGCACUUGAACUCUAACGCUAGAGCCCUGGACAAAGCCAAGAAGAAAGUCACUAUUAUGGUCUUCAUAGUCCUGGCUGUGUUCCUCUUCUGUUGGACCCCCUUCCACUUGGCCACCAUCGUGGCUUUGACCACCGACUUGCCCCAGACCUCCGUGGUCAUUGGUAUAUCCUACUUCAUCACCAGCCUGAGCUAUGCUAACUCGUGCUUGAACCCUUUCCUGUACGCUUUCCUGGACGACAGUUUUCGGAAAAGUUUCCGGAAGCUGCUGGAAUGCAGAACUUCUUGAACAGUGGCUUGGGGAUCACAGAUCCUUGCCCUCCCAGGGCUUUGCAGGGGCAGCUUCACAGACUGAAGGGGUGGCCAAUGAAUGCACAAUGUCCGUUCUGGCGUUUACAAAGUGUUGUGUGUGUCUGUUUAUAAUGCUCAUCAUCCACAGUUUGUCCUGCUCCCUUGCAGCUCUUAUUUCCCCUCUUUGCUCCUCCCAGCUCCUCAGAGUUGCAUUUCUGUAUUCUUAUUUUUAAUUACACACCCUGAGUUAUUAAGGACAGAAAACUUCCUUUCAGAGGUGCAUUUCUACCACAUAGUGGUCCUUUAUUGCCAUCUGCUGUACAGCACCGACAGGCUGCAGAGCAGUUUUCAGAAUAAUGCAAUGCUCAGUUCUUUAUUUCCAUGUUAUUAGGAGUGUUUCAUGGGGCAGAGCUAAUGAGCACUUCCAAUGAAAUAUCAAUAAAAUGGACAGAGGGUGAGUAUUUGGAAGAAAAAAAAGAAACCGUUCUCAUGUCCAUGAAACACAUGUGCCUAUGUGUUAUAGCUUUGUUUUUGAUUUUGGGGGUUGUCCAUCUUCACCCCAC